AGUUCAGGAGGUUUUUGUGAAGGAAGGAAGGAAGACUCAUUGUACAAAGUGUGUUGUGGUUCUUUUCUUCCAAAAAGAAGAGAAGACCCGACGCGUCUCUUUUCUGUUGCUCGUCUUCAUCAACACAAACAUAUAUAUUUAUAUUUUUAAUACUCCUCUUAUUGCCUUUGCACAGCAAUCUACACGUACCUCACAACUCAUAUUCUUCCGUGCUCUACCAUCUUCUUUCACACCGUACUUUUUCCGCAUCGAGACGCUUCUUUGCCUUCUUGUGUCAUCCACACGCAGUAGAGACAAUAACCAAAGUACUCGCAAAGGACAACCUCCUGCUGUUCUCUCUUUCCUUCCGAAUGAUUCUUCUUUCAUUCAUUUGUGGGACGCUGGGGCUUAUUUGGUGGGUGUACACCAUCUUCGCCUACCGCCCGCGCCGUCUCGCCGGUGCAACCGUCGUCGUGACAGGGGCGUGCAGCGAGGUGGGCCGCCGUCUGUGCAUCCAACUCUACGCCUGCGGUGCUCGCGUUGUGGCGUGGGACUAUAGUCGCAUUAAGCUGCAGGAACUGCAGGUGGAGGUGCAGCGCGUGGUGGUGGCUGUCCCAGACUCUGCAAGUAGCAGCAGUAGCAGCAGCUACUUUGGCAAUCAUUUUGUCAUCACCGCAGUGGAUGCGUCCUCGCGGAUGCAGGUGCAGCGCGCCGCGAAGGAGAUUGACGGCCCGGUAGAUGUGAUCAUCAACGCCGCGCAUGCAUACCCGUCAAAGCCGCUGCACGACCGCAACGACGACUCGAUUGAUCGCGUCGUUCAGACCAACUUUGUCUCGCCCCUGCUCGUUGUUCGGCAGCUGCUGCCGUCGCUGAUGUCCACGGCAGACAGCGGUGCCGUAUCGCAGUCAGCUCGUCACCGCGACGACUACGCCCAAGUUGUGAACAUUGUUUGCGCGGCGGGCAACUACGUGGUGGCUGCACACGCGCCGGACUACGCCGCCUCGCAGUGGGGUAUGGUAGGACUACAUUACUCGAUGCGCGCGUGGAUCGCACAGGAACGCGCGAUGUACACGCAGUCUUCUGCUGGAAGAAAGGACGCUGCUGCAGGUGAAAAGUGUAAGGGUACCUCCAGCGGCGGCGGCAGCAGCAGCAACACUGCGGCGACAACCGGGACUGGUGAGGGUAGUGGUCCUGUUGUUGGCCGAGGAGUGCAGCGCGCUCGCGAAGUGCGCACGACGCUACUGUGUCUCAACGACGUUCAAAACGGCAUUCCGACUGCGCUGAACUCGCUGCUGGCACCCGCUUCUUCCAUGCGGAACGCGCCGAGCUCAUCAUCGACUACGCCAGAUCGUGAUGACGUCGCUGCAUCGUCUAGCGGUAGUGGGAGUGGUGCCCGCGCUGCGCGGGCAUCUUCAUCGCCACGUGAGGGCUACACAUUGAACUUGCAGAAGCGCAACGCUGAGCUGGAUCGGGCGGUGGCGUGUUGCAUGGCUGCCAUCUGCCGCGGUCAGGAGCGCUACUGCUACGCCUCGUCGUGGACCACGACGCUGAUAUCUCCGAUGGCGAUGCUGUGUCCGCUUCCGUGGGCAGAACGACUGCUGCGGUGGUUGCAGCGCUCAUGCGUCCCCGUCGCUGCGUCUGAGCCGUAG